AUGCCUGUCCGAGUUGCAGAGACGGUCAAUGCGGCCGCGGCUCCAACCAUCUCAGCGGUAGCCUUGACGACGACAUUCACACCGCCCGCGCAAUGUAAUGAGAACCAUUUGACGAUGCUGGUUGGCGCUCAGGAGAAGAUUUGGAUCAACGAGCCCGUUCCCCUGCCCAACCAGACGAUCUCAUCGUGCUACCCUACGGAAUGGCUUGGCGGAUAUCAGUCUGUUAUGUCGAAGUCUAGCUCUAUCGCGCCCUACAUGAGCCCGUUGGUGUGUCCGGAUGGUUGGAACACGGAGAGCAGUACUUGGGCGAGUGGCUACAUUGCGUGUUGCGCGUCGGGUUUCACCUUCGCUGCGCCCUCGAAGGCCGCCGACACCGACCGCCCGGCCUACGGCGGAACAUGUUACAGCAACUUCGACCUUAGUCAGACGGCCACUGUUACUGUUUACAAUGCCGAAGAGCUGUCAACGACAAUCGCGUGGGUGGCCACGACGACGCCCGCGCAGGCAUACGCGCAUCCUAUCGAGGGAAUUGCGGCCGACUACACACCGGGCUCGACCACAACCAAGACCAACUCUGCGGGUGUGGCUACCAAGACGGGAGAGAACGCUGCGUCACAACGGGGAGGCAACUCCAGAGCCGCUUUCGUAAUUGGGGUCCUGCUCGCAAGUCUCAUUGCGUGGUGA